AUGAAGUUCUCAACGGCUGUCAUCCACACCUCGCUCCUUGCGACUGCGGCCUUCGCCGCACCGCUGUCUGCGAAGCGCCAGGCCCGCAACAUGGCUCGCUCCUUGAAAGGCCGUCAAAGCAACCCUCCCUUCAUCCCCGGAACUGACAGUGUUCUCCACUUGAACAAGACUUCGCACGAGGAGUACAGCUCCAACUGGGCGGGAGCUGUUCUCAUCGGCACCGGAUAUACUGCAGUCACUGCGGAAUUCACGGUUCCUACUCCCAGCCUGCCUAGCGGUGCAUCCAGCAGGGAGCAGUACUGUGCCUCUGCCUGGGUUGGCAUUGACGGAGAUACCUGCGGCACCGCAAUUCUCCAGACUGGAGUCGACUUCUGUAUCGAGGGUAGUACCGUGUCUUAUGACGCUUGGUACGAGUGGUACCCCGACUAUGCCUACGAUUUCAGUGGCAUCAGCAUUUCCGCUGGAAAUGUGAUCAAGGUCACUGUGGAUGCCUCCUCCAAGACUACCGGCACUGCCACUAUUGAGAAUGUGUCCACUGGUACCUCUGUGACUCACACCUUCACUGGUGGCGUUGAUGGUGAUCUUUGCGAGUACAAUGCCGAGUGGAUUGUCGAGGACUUCGAGGAGAACAGCUCCCUCGUUCCUUUUGCUGACUUCGGCACUGUGACUUUCUCCAACGCCAAGGCUACCGAUGGCAGCUCCAGCGUCGGUCCUUCUGGUGCUACCCUGAUUGAUAUUGAACAGAGCAACAAGGUACUCACCUCCAGCUCUGUCACCAGUAACUCUGUUGUGGUGAAGUACGUCUAA